AUGGAACAAGUGAUCGCGCUGAGUACUCAAAAUCCAUUGUCUUUGUUGGUCAAGUUUGGCAUGAUGGCUUGGAACAAUAGUUGUGGAACUGAAAAUUGUUCUGGUCACGGAGAGUGCCACAAUGGGACCUGUCUGUGUGAGAUCCAAUUUGAUGGACCUGAAUGCCACAUUCCAAACCUGAGUUAUUACAUCGCCUUCGCUACCAUCUUCUUUCUGAUGGCUUUCGUUUGCCUGAUACAACUCGUCAUGUGCAUCGUCGCAGAGUGGCAAAGGAUGAAAGCACCAUCUUUCCUGAGAGCAUGCAGGGUCACCACUCAGAAAGUGCUUUACUUUGUGGUUUUCCUCGCGUCGAUUAUACGAGGCGCAUACUUUACAUCACCAACUGCUUUUAAGGAGGGCUGGUCCAGAAGCUUGCUGUCAGCCUAUUAUCCUCUACUGUUGAGUGGAUCAUCAUUGAUCGUCUGCUUCUGGGCCGAGGUGGUUCAUCUGAGAAACAUUCGAUGGGACAAGCCUCAGUUCCUGUCAAAAUCUUUCCUGGCUUUUGUCGUCUUCAAUAUAAUAACGUACUCCCUCCUGCUGGCCGAAUUUAUCACGGCUCAAACGUACUCGCAAGAAGAUCGGAGUUUUUAUACACACGUAUUCAACGGCUGUUACGCAGUGCUGCUGUUUAUCGUAGUGGUAUUCUUCUUGAUAUAUGGUGUGGAGGUGUUUUUCAAAGUUCGCGGUGGAUUUUUGAACGAGUACCAGGUCGCUUCCAUCGCGACGAAUAAACGCACGGCCGAUGACAGCAAGGUUCAGGCUGAAGAUCAGGUAACAGCGAAAUUAUUUGACCCCGUCCCAUCGACGUCCACAGCAGAGCCUCUGCAUAUGCAGCAGGUGAACACGUCUCAGUUACAUCAGUCAAGAUUCGGAUUACUCUCCCAAGCGUUUAUGCUGUUCAUCGUAGUCGGUUUUCUGUUCAGCGAGACUCUCAGCGAAUUCUGGAAAACAAAGGUGCCGUUGUACAGCAGGAACUGGCACGACGUCGUAUUUCGCGUGAUCGAAGUUGGCGUAGCACUCUGGUUUCCCUGUGUCUUGUGGAAUUGUAUGAGUCCCGAGCAGUUGUGGAUCCUGAACCCGAAGCGUAUACUGAAAAGAUUGGACUUGGACCAGGGGAAACAUAUCAAGGAAAUCGAACUGCAGGAGAAGAACGUGUCGCCGGACACUGCGUUCCUCUCCGCGGAUGCAACGUCGAUCAACAGCAAGGAUUGCUGGAUCUGUUAUGAUAGCGACAGGCAGGACGCUGGUCCAUUGAUACAACCGUGCCACUGCAGGGGUGAUGUGAGCGCCGUGCAUCACGAUUGCCUGCGUCGCUGGCUCGUCGAGAGUUCCGUGAACGCGGACAGUCUCGUUUGCAAAGUUUGCAACACGAAGUACAACGUCGAGCACGCCAGUCGAUUGGAUUGGCAGAACAGUUUGACUCCGCGUCACUGUCUGCAGACUAUCGCCAUUGUUACCAUGAUGUGCGCAUCUUCCGCUGCCGCGUGGAUCGUUAUCCAACUCGUGGAAGGGCCCAUCAUCAGGAUGCUCGCUGCCGGAACCGCCCUGCUCAUCAUGUACGUCUGCAUAAGAUUCCUGAGCAUGAACACCGUCGUGGCGUAUCAGCGGGCCAAGAUCUCGUCGUUGAACAUCGUUAACAGCGACAGCGAGAGCAGCAACAGCGGAACCGCGCAAGUCGCGACCAUCAGCCACACCGUCUCCGUGGACCUGACGAAGUCGGACAUGGCUACGAUAUAAGGCCGCGAGUCGACCGCAUCUUAUCGGUGUCUUCCUGCUUGGAUCUGGGUCCAAUGCGGGAACGGUACUGUAGAUUAAGCUUCUGGAGCGACGUGUAUAUAGGGACGAUGGUUGAGACAGGGUACAUUGUCGAUCAGAAUUUUUAUUACGACCUUUGUAAAAUAACGCGGGGGGUUAUUUUAUAUAGAACGCGGGUAAAGGAAAUACCGAGAGAGGAUGUACCGUGCCUGUUGCUGCGUUUUACGAGAAAUAUUUGCCAAACUACUUUCGUAUUUUACGUCUCCUGAUUCGUUACGUGUUAUUCCAAGCGUGUGCAAUGUGCAAUCUGAUUCGUUGUACAUGGCACCAUUACAUUCUAUAUAAUAAUCAUUAUAUAAUGUAUAUAAUAUCUGUUAAAGUUUGAAGUUUCACACGACGGACAAGAUAUGUUGUACCUUGAGUUACAAUACUUCAAUUAUUUCAUCGGUGCAUAUCGCGAUACGUUAAAUUCCACAUUAGUGCAACGACGGAGAUAUGUUCGAGUACGCCAACUAUAUCGAAAUCGCUGCGAAUCUAGACCGUAGACCGUAGUCUAGCACUGCGAAUGCUACAAAAUACUUUUUAUCCUUUUUUCAAAUAAGAAGAAAGGCAGGAAGCGUUUUGUAGCACUUGCAGUGCUAACCAAACUACAACCUGUAUCAAUAUGAUCUGUAAGCAAUUAACAUACCUAGCAUAACGAAUUUUUUGGAAUAAAAAGAUGUCAAUAAUGUCGUUGCCAAUCUCCAACGGAGCAACCUCCUUGUAUUAAUAUUUACAGUUGCGUUUUAACGUUUCAUCGAUAAAUAUGAAGUAUAUGUAAGAGGCAUGUUAAUAGCUUUAUGUACAUAUAUCUACUGUUAUUUAUUAAGACCUAAACAAAUGAUAGGUUGUUAAGUAAGCUGACGUAUUAAGUUAAUUACAUAGUAAAGUAAGAGAUUUACAAGGUAGUCCGCCAUCAAUUAUUUUCCCUUGAUCUUUUCCACGAUCAGAAAUUCAGAAACGAGUAUUACGUAUCAGAUAUCAAUAUGACUAAUUCCGUAGUAACAAAAAGUCUGUUGUAUUACGGACUGCAUCGGAAAAAGUGGGACAGUAUAGUAAAGUAUGUAUUAAAAAGUUUCUGCUUACGUGUAAAGAAACUAAACGUCUAGAAACAUCGUGGCUGCGGUAACACUGUACAGAUCAUAUCUCGAACGAUUACGUUAACAAUUAUUCAGCUACGUUGCAGAGGUUGCAUAGUAAUUACAGACAUAAUUUUGUAAAAUGAUGAGACGUUAUUUCCAUAUAAGAUAUAAAGUAUCUUUAUAUAUACAUAAAAUGAUAAUAGAUUAGAGAAUGUGCUUCAUAGUAACAUGUAUAUAAAUUUAUAAACAGUUCUGGGGAUGUAUGGGUUCAUUUUCUCUUCUAUAUGUUUUCUAUAUAUGCAAAAAUAACGAAUUAUGUUGGGUAAUUCCGAGAUUGUCGUAUCGUGACAUUGUAUUCUAUUCAUUAAUGACUCUGAAAAAAAUUCAAGCGUCACAUAUACAUAGGCUCAGUGAUGGUUGAAGAUCCAUAGAUAAAUAUUAGGUAGUUUCGAACAAAAAGGAAUUUAUAUAUUAUCCAAUAUCGUUUCCAAUAUAAUAAUCACACACCGUAAAACCAACGUAUCUACAAAAGCUCAAGAAAUAUAGACACAAUAGUAUAUAUAGUUUAGUAUAGUAACAUCCGUAUAUGAAAACAAAGUCGUGCAACAACAGCGCGCUUAUCUAAUGCAAUAAGCGAAUAAAGUUACGUUAUUACUGUAUGUGUCUUAUUACGAUAUGUUAAUUAUGUUAAAAAUUACUUACCGAUCGCACCUUAUAAUUUGAAGUCGUAUCUAAUUGCUCUACUUGCGUAAGCGAAAGAUGUAGCUAUUAGAUGACACUUGUAUCUUACUUGUUAAAAUUAUGUUUUUUUUUAAAGAGAUUCGUAACAAUCUAAUGAAUAGAUAAUUCGUUUUAAGUUUGCUAAUGUGCGGAUUAAUUAACGUUGAACGCGUUCGUCAAGACAAAUACAAAAAUGCGUCGUCUUCAUAGUACUGAUGUAUACUCUACAUUCACGAAUAUCAAAUCUGACAAACGUUUAUUGGGAACUAAUUAAACAAUAAUAGUAAUAAGCUGUGAUAUCAUGUAAUGUAAGAUGUCCAUAUUAAUGGCUAUGAAAUAAAAUGUAUUAUAACAAGAA